AUGUUCUCGCGUGGCCGCCCGUGUCUAAGAAGCCGUCUGCCUGUCAUCUUGGACACAAUUGCGGCUGGCCCCGAUGAACCUCUCUUAUUCCUCUACCCUCGAUGGGCCGCAUCUGCCCUGCGUCAACGGCAGCCGAUCACAACACUAACGCCAUUUGCACCGGCAAGAGUUCGCCAGGUCCAAAAUCGUUCUUUCCGUACAGCUCGGUCUACUGCUCAAUCUUUGGGUAGACGAUGGGUUUCUUCCGAUGCCGCUAGCCAAUCUCAACGUGGCUCCGAUUCGGACCGGGCUUUGGGCGCGAAGGGCUUGGCUCCUCCCCAUGGGGAUAAGGAACAAAAUGAGACAGUACAUUCAAAAAAUGGCUCUAACAGCGCAUCUACCACGACACCGCCGCAACCGCGAUUGCCUGUUCAUAUCCCCGCCGAUAUGGGACCAACCCGCCAAUUAGACUCCGAAGUAGACAAAUCACCCCGAGUUUUGUUCCCAUCCACACAUACGAAAAAGGACCGGCGAAGAAGAAUGCAAACGUCAAUGGCGACAAAAAUGGAUCGUCUUGACACCGAGGCCCCAGAUUCUCAGAAGACGAAGAAAACCAUGCUUGACGGAAUGUCCGAGCGAGAUAAAAGAAAAGUCCGACAUGCAGUUUACAUUGGCACAAUGGAUGAUGGCAAGCCAACUCAAUGGCAGAGCGGCAAUUGGAAAAAGGCGAAGUACAUGCUGCAGAGGAUGCAUAUUGCUCGCCGCAGAGAUGAGGUCACACAGGUUACCGCCAGAAAGGACGAGUUACGGAUGAAAGAGUUACAGAUUCCCGAAGAAACACUUGCCUGGCUGACUGGCACCACGGAUAAUGGGUCGAAAGAGAAUAUUCUGUUCCUCAAAGUGCAUAAUGGAUGUCGGGUACACGUACUGCCACCUAACGAGGGCGACGGAGUUAACCGAAGAGUCAUUAUUUCAGGAUCAGUGAUUGUCAUGGAUCUUUUUGAAGCACGCAUCAAUAACGCCCGCAAUCUCCAAAAUAAUGGUGACCCCUUUGUCGACAUUCACAAGCCUCCUAUCCCGAUCCUCGCUUCACGUGAGACCAUGAGCCGCAAGAACAUCCCUAUACCCAUGAUUCGGGGUGUCUGGGACUUCUCACAGGUAUACGAAAGGCCAAAAAGCGUCGACGAGGUCUAUGCCACUGGUCCGCCUUUAAAAACUGUGAAAGAUUUCGCCGAGUACAUCGAGGAUUUGACGCACCCCAAGAACAGUACGGGCCGCCGACGGCUUAGACACUUGGACAAUCGGUACAAGAAUCAAGAAAAAAUGCCUUACGCGCAUAAGAUUAUAAGACACAUUUUGUGGCUGUUUAGCCAGGAGUCAAAUUAUCAGCUCCUAUCCACGGCAGCUUUAAAUCACGCUCUGACUUUCAUGUUCAAACAUGAGCAAAUAUCUGCUGCGUGGACUGUUCUUGCAAUAGGCCAUCUCGUCAAAACAGCAGACACUUACAACAUUCUUCUGAAGUAUGCAGCGCUGCACCAGUGGGAUAAGAUGUUUCUGACCGUUUUGGAAUCAAUGCAAAAGGCCGAAAUCCGCCCGAAUCCAUACACGUGGCUUGCAUUGAUGGAGGCCAUGGUCACCCCAGCAUCCAAAAACUCUCUCCUUACGCACAUGGUACAGAAAGGCUACAUAUCGGGGACCACCAUUCUUCGUAGUGCCCUCCAUAUGACAAUCCAAGAUGCGCUUUUUGUGCACUUGGAAAGCGGACAGACAAUUGAAACCUUCUUCAGACAUAUGGUCAAAACAACGGGGACUGGUUGGUUUAGCUCAGCUAUACUUGGUCAAAUGUUUACUGUUUGUACUCGCAUGCGUGACUUUACCGCUACGCGCAGUCUGCUCAACAUCUGCCAAAAAUUCCAUCUUCCCAUCGACUCCAACUGUCUCUUUCAGAUCCUGCGAAUGUGUCGUGGGGACACUUUCAAAGCCCUCGACUUCACGUACGAUUUCUUGAAUCGUCCCUUUAAACCCCGCUUCCAGCUGUCUGAUUGGAAUUUUGAGCGCCUGUUUCUCAUAGCCUUCAAAAAUCACCAUUACAACAUCGCCCGAGUGCUGUGGCGAUACGCCUGCCUUCAAAAGUCAGUGACCUACGAUAUGAAGCAAGCAGUCUUGACCAGUCUCUCCCGCAAUGUAUCAUUCAAGAAAUCCAACAAUAUCAUGCACGAUAUUUGGGCACUCUCUGCUGGCAAAGUGAUUGUUGGAAUCGAUCUUGAUCGCGAACAAUACGAUAUCUCCCAAUCAAUGGUGCAGAAGCUGCCAUCCGAAUUCCACAACAACCCGCUUCUAUACUUGACAUCGGGGUUCAAAGACAUGAAGGAAGACCGAGAUCUUCAGUUGGAACUCGCUUCUUACCUUGUCGAUCGUGAUAUUAAAAGCGCCUCAAAAUACAGGCCUGCAAAUAACCUGGCUAUUAUGCUUGAGUCGGCAGCUAUCAUCGACCGCCAAUGGAAAGGAACACCAAGACCCUUGACUUGGAUGAUGCAGAACGCGAUCCAAGUGCCUCUAAAACUCAAGCCGCAAUUCGAAACGAGCCCCUCCUCACUCGACUCUUCAUCAAUUGAUGAUUCUGAUUCUUCUCUUGAUUCUCUACUUGAUUCCUUACAAGAUUCCUCAUCACUCGAGUCUUCGUUGCCCGAUUCCCCAUCCCGUUGA